GCAGGUCAUGGAUGCUUAGCAACGGCAGACGCCUCAUGAGCGUAACUGCCCGAGCGCUUUGGAAAGAAGGAAAAAGCCGUGUGCCUAGCGUUUUCCAUGCGUUUUUAAGCGCGAUAUGUGAAAGGCCCCUUACUCGUCAUUGGGGAAUCCUGGAAUGUGACGUGAGGGGACAGCACAGCGACACACAAGCCAUGACACAAAGUCAUGGAAACUAAACAACCAAAAGCAAUAUAUGUCUUCCUCAGAUGUAAUGUUAGUUCUGUACUUCAGCGUUGAGUAAAAUCCCAUUAUAAUAUCCUUUAUGGUAGAGAAUGCUGCUUGCUAGGCUACGGGUAACAGCCUUUAUACAUUCUAUGGUAAAGGCAAAGAUGUUGAAAUAAACAUUCACAUUCACACAAUCAGCUUUUCCACAUGCCCCGAUAAUCACAACUUCUCCUUAGCGCCUGCUCCAUUUAUGCAGAUCAGUUUUUGUAACUGUAUUACUUAAUCCACUUUUUGCUUUGGUCUUCAUCAAAAGCCGCUUGCACCACCUGCUGGUGAGCGACUGACAGGAGAUGGAGAUCAUGCCUCUGUGCUCUACUGCUAUUCCUGCAGCCCCCGGAUGUGAAAGGGCGAAUUAUCUGCCGAAUUUUAACCACUGAAUUUGUGGAAGCGAAUUUGGAAAGUGAAAUAAAAUGGACCGAAAUUUGCCUGUCGAAUAUUAUACAUCGUAUUUUUAAACCGAUUGAAUAUUUUGGAAGUGAAUUCUGGAACGUGAAUAUGAAUUAUUGAUUUUUUAAUUAUGAAAAGGUGUGUGAAAUAUUUUAAAUUAAAAUAUUCACAGCUUAAACGAACAACUGUGUUACAUUUCAGGACCUAAAAAUGCAAGCCCUGCAAUAUUGCAAAAUAUGCAAAAGAAGCCUAGGAUUAAACUUUUUUUUUCAAGGAAAUGAUAAAACGGUUUCAAAAAUGUAACCAACAUUAAUGCAAAGAAUGCAUAUCUAACUAAACAUAUGCGUGUUACAAUAGUUUUUUUGUUCCCUCAUUUCAGACGUCUUUAAUUGCACCUUAUAAAAUUAGUUUAUUCAGCGUGAAUCUUCUACAUCGAAUACACAUUUACUCACCCUCUUUUAAGCAACCAUGAAAAACUUUGUUCUCCGGAACCCAUUUUCUUUUCCUUUUGGCGUUAUAUGUUAUUAAAGUAUUUUCCUCUAUUUGGACCUUUACUUUUAGCAUUUUGUUUUAAAAGUGCCAUGUCUCACGUUAACUUAACAUCUGCUUACACUAGUUUGUGGACACAACCCUUGAUGUUUCUGCAGUUAAGAUGCACAAUAAUGACGUACGGAUGUCGCAAGGCAUUACUAAUCAGAAUAAACGGCAUUUUUGUGAGGGCAACAUAUUCGAUUCCCCCAUUCAACAAAACGCAGACUGGUACACCCAACAUGGCCGAACAUUCGGUCGCUCAAUGGCUCAGAACCUGAUUUGACUACUUACGUCUUGAAUACUGUGUCAACAUUCAACAGCUGCGGUUAACACUAAAUAUUCUUACUUUUCUGUGCCCUGAACAACGGCGUUUAAUGACAUACCCAUCGACAAUUGAAAGAGAAAAAUAUGAAUAUGCAAGUAUGACUUUAAGCGCUUUCUCUCUAUAUCGCUAAGUACCUCUAAUGCGCACACUGGACUUUUACACGCGUGGUGUUUGGAGCACGUUCUGGUGUGAGUCCAGAGCAGGUCCAGAGAAAGCGCUGUGUGUUAUCAUCAGUUCCACAGCAGACCGCAUGAAGGCGAUAGAAGGGAAGACUAUGAAGAUAUUUUUGUUGCGAAAACAAAUAACCUUCUGUGACAGUGCAAUUUGGCAAUUUCCCUUUCUUUUACUGUCUAUGGAAUUUCCACACGUGCUGGGAAGGCUGCAAACUUGAAGAUUUUUUUCCUCCUCCACAAACACAGCACAGUUAAGUGUCUCUGUCAGAUGGAGGAGGAGUCCUGUUCAUCAAUGCUGACGUACUUUUAAUAAAUAUGGUGAAAAUCAUAAAUACGCCUUCUGAUUAGUCACUGAAGCUUUUUGAUGAUUUCCUCUCUUCUGUUUAAUAAGGUAAAAGUGUUUGUGAUUGGCUUGUUGUUCGGUGGUUGUGAAGCCUUCUGUCUCUGUCUCUCUUGAAACUUUUAGUUUAGAGUUGAUCAAACAAAGUGUAUGAUCAGUAAAGAUGGAGAACUGUCUAACUCUCAUUUUUUUGUCUUCUGUGAUCAAACUCUCCACAGCUGGAAAUGUGAGGUUGGUGGAUGGUGGUAAUUCCUGUGCUGGUCGGGUGGAGGUUUAUUAUAAUGGAGAAUGGGGAACCGUGUGUGAUGAUUAUUGGGCUUUGACAAACACUGCAGUGGUGUGUAGAGAGCUGGGCUGUGACGAAACUUCAAACAUAAUGCGUGCUGCUCACUUUGGACCAGGAUCAGGAAAAAUCUGGAUGGAUGAUGUGAGAUGUAAUGGAUCUGAGUCCUCAAUAUUUGAUUGUUCAAAAAAAAAAAUGGGUGGCCAUAACUGUGGACAUUAUGAAGAUGUGGGAAUUAUCUGCUCAGGCAUCAGGCUUGUUGGAGGUUCUCGCUGCUCUGGGAGAUUAGAGAUACUUCUUGAUCAGACGUGGAUGUCAGUGUGUGGCUCUGCCUUUGACCAGCAGGAUGCAGAGGUUGUGUGUAGAGAGCUGGACUGUGGGGCUCCUGUACAGGUGCUGGGAGCAGCUGCUUUUGACAAAGGAGACACUCAGAUGUGGACACAAGAGAUUCAGUGCAGAGGAAAUGAGUAUCAGUUUGCUCUUUGUCCAGCAUCACCUUCACAAUUUUGUUCCCAUGAGAACAAUGUGACCGUUGUAUGUGCUGAAACAGUGAGAUUAGUGGGUGCUAACAGUCGCUGUGCUGGUCGAGUGGAGGUUCUUCAUGCUGGUCAGUGGGGAACAGUACAUCAUGUUGGCUGGGAUUUGCCUGAUGCUGCAGUGGUGUGUAAAGAACUUGACUGUGGAGAGGCUUUAACUGCACCAAAGGGUGCUCACUUUGGUGAAGGAUCAGGAAAAGUCUGGAUUUCUGAUUUACAGUGUACAGGAUCAGAGUUUACAUUGACAAACUGUAGAUUCAAUGGAUGGGGAGUAAAAGCUAAUCAUACUGAAGAUGCUGGAGUCAUCUGCUCUGAUUUGUCAGUGUCCAUUACUCCUGCCUCAACAACAUCAGCUUCUCCUCCAGCAGCGUCUCUCUCGGUCCCCCCAGUGCUUGUGAUUGUUCUGGGAGUUGUGCUCUUACUGCUCUUAGUGCCACUGCUUAUACUGAUUCAGCAGAACAGAGUGAUGAGGAGAGCUCUCUCUAAGAGGAGACACAGGACGAUGUCUGAGACCGUUUAUGAGGAGAUUCAGCACAGACACAAUCACUUCACUCAGAGGGGGAGGCUCAUCUCUGAAGAACUGCAUUCUGGGUAUGAAGAGGCUGAUGAGCUUUUCCAAGUGGGCACACUAGAUCAAUAUGAUGAUGUCAUCAUUAUUGGACAGAACUUUCAAGGUGUAAUGAAGGGAUAUCAGGAGGAGUAUGAUGAUGUGAAGAACAGCACUGGAGAUGACAGAAACCGGUUAGGAAGUCUCAUCUCUGAGGCACUGCAUUCUGGGUAUGAAGAUGCUGAUGAGCUUAUCUCAGAAGAGAUUAAGCAAAUCACACCGGGAUACUAUGAUGAUGUCAUCACUGAUGGACUGAAACCAGAUCGUGAGACAGAGGACAGACAUGAAAGCUAUGAUGAUGUCAUGACGAGUGAACAGAACUCUGAUAUUAAAAAAGAGGGUGAUCCGGAGUAUGAUGAUGUGAAGAACAGCAAUGAAGAUGAGAGAAACCGGUUAGACUAUGAUGAUGUGGGGGAGGAGUCACACAAAGGAGGAGGGGCUAUAUGACUCAAUGGCUGCGCCCUCUCCCAUUGUCAUUAAAUCAUGUUACAGUUACUGUAGCUGCUUGGGGUUUCUCAUAUUGCUACUAAUGCAUCAAUGCCUUAUGUGUUUAUGUCAUUUUAAAUAUUUUAGUAUGAAAAGUUAAAUAUUUGUAUUUUAGCAUUUGGUCUAUUAUUACUAUUUUGGUAUCAAUGCUUUUCACCCUAAUAAACAAAUUAUAUCAUUCAAACAUCAUGUCACAAAAAUACUUUUAAAAGAGUGGUUAAAGAAUAGAAGAAAUUUAUGCUAUGAAUGUUUAAGAAAGUAUUUUUAUACACU